UCACUUUUUCCCUUUUGUUGGCAAGUAGUGUUCUCUCACACUGCCAUACAUUGUUCCUUAUAUCUGGGGUGGGUUAAAACUCCCCUUAGAAACAAAAUCUUUGUUUGACCUACUAACCCCCUUUCCUCUGGUGAAGAAACAGGAGAGUCCCUUCAAUCUCCACCCUCAUACACACCCUGUUCCUGACGCCCCCCCUUAAUUUCUCCAACCCUCCUGUGAGAUUUUGGUAAACUCUAAGUAUUGCUUGGCUGCCAACAGACCGAGAAGAAGCACAGGAGACGUUUUGAUCAGAAGGAACCAGGGGCAGGUGGAAGAAGAUAUCAGUAGAGUAGACAACCAAAAAAAGAAAACUAAGAGAUUUGAUUUGUUUGAGUUGAAGAUAAAAAAGAUUUAAAUAAAUCAAGUUAGGGCAUUUCUCCAUUAAAAGUGAAGAUCUGUUCUCAAGAUGUUAAGCUGGAAGAGAAAGCAUGAGAAGAACAAGAAAGCCCCUGAAGUGGUCCAUACUGUGACCGAGGGGCUAAAAGAUCUCUAUAACAAGAAGCUAAAGCCGGUGGAAGAGUUGUACAGGUUCAACGACUUCCAUUCUGCAGGUUUGGAAGAAGCAGACUUUGACAACAAACCUAUGGUUUUAGUGGUAGGACAGUAUUCCACAGGGAAGACCACCUUUAUCAAGUAUCUUCUGGAGCAGGACAUCCCUGGCAGUAGGAUUGGACCAGAGCCCACCACCGAUUCGUUUAUUGCUGUUAUGCAUGGGGAGACUGAAGGGUUGAUGCCGGGGAACGCACUCAUGGUCGACCCUAAGAAACCAUUCCGCAAACUUAAUCCUUUUGGCAACACCUUUCUAAACAGGUUCAUGUGUGCCCAGUUGCCCAACAAAGUUUUGGAGAGUAUAAGCCUGAUCGAUACUCCCGGCAUUCUUUCUGGUGCCAAGCAGCGUGUCAGCCGAGGAUAUGACUUUCCUGCUGUUCUACAGUGGUUUGCUGAAAGGGUUGAUCUGAUAAUCCUACUCUUCGAUGCCCACAAGUUGGAGAUAUCUGAUGAGUUUUCUGAAGCCAUCAGAGCCCUAAAGGGCAAUGAGGACAAAAUCCGUGUUGUCCUCAACAAGGCAGAUAUGGUGGAGACCCAGCAACUUAUGCGAGUCUACGGAGCUCUAAUGUGGUCAUUAGGAAAAGUGUUUAACACACCUGAGGUCUUGAGGGUCUACAUUGGCUCCUUCUGGUCAGAACCACUUAUGAUUCCAGACAAUAGACGUCUCUUCGAGCUAGAAGAACAUGACCUAUUUCAGGACAUUCAGAAUCUACCUAGACACUCUGCUCUACGCAAGCUCAAUGACCUGGUCAAAAGGGCUCGACUUGUUAGAGUCCACUGCCACAUUAUAAGCUACUUGAAGAAGGAGAUGCCACAACUUUUUGGCAAAGACAAUAAGAAAAAGCAACUAAUCGCCAAGUUGCCAGUCAUCUUUGCCAAAAUACAGCUGGAGCAGCACAUCUCGCCAGGAGAUUUUCCGGACUGUGCCAAAAUGCAGGAGCAGCUAAUGAUUCAUGACUUUAAGAAGUUUCCUUCAAUGAAGCAAAAGGUGGUUGACAUUUUGGAUGAGUUGCUCACAGUUGACAUUGCCAAACUGAUGCCCCUCCUAAGACAGGAAGAUCUUGACACCUUCGACAAUGUGGUCCAAGGAGGUGCCUUUGAUGGAACUCACAAUGGACCGUUUGUUGAGGGCUCCACUGAAGGCAUUCUAGAGGGAAUAGAUGAUGAGGAUUGGGUUGUUACCAAGGACAAAUCCAAAUAUGAUGAGAUCUUCUUUAACUUGGCACCAACAGAUGGCAAACUAACAGGCACGAAAGCGAAGAACUGGAUGAUAACCACCAAGCUCCCCAACUCUGUGCUGGGCAAGAUCUGGAAACUUUCUGAUGUUGAUCGAGAUGGCAUGCUUGAUGACGAAGAGUUUGCCCUGGCUAGCCAUUUGAUUGAGGUCAAGCUGGAGGGCCAUGGUUUGCCCCCUGAGCUACCUAGGCACCUCGUCCCUCCAUCAAAGAGGCGACAGAAAGGGUCAGCUGAGUAAACCCAUAUCUCCUCCCUCCCAGAUUCAGCUUUUUGGCCUCUAUCCGAUUAUUGACAAUAUUAAUGCUGCCCUUCCAUGCGCCCUGGCAACAUUUCCAUUGUCCAAUUAGUAAUGUCAGGGACGUUUGUGUCAUGCAAAUUUACUAACAAAAGUCACGUCAGCUAUAUUUAGUCUAGAUUAUUAAAAGACAGCUUAGUCCUAAACUGUGCAGUAGCUCAUAGCAUCAUACCUGGGAGGGUGUAGAUAUUAAAGAUUAUAAUUAUACCAUAACUGAAGAGAACACCUGGAUCUCUGAAGCUUGUGUACAGCUGUAUCUUCCAAUAACAUUUGUGAAGAACCCAAAAAGUGAGAAAAACCUGCAAAUGACAUCUUCAACUCCAACAUUUAAAUUGUUAGCCACCAUUCCUGUACUGUGAAGAAUGACCCUACUGGAAGUUGGUGUUAGACCCUGUCAAUCUCAACAUGUUCCUUCCAUAUUCUUGAAUAUUUUCAAAUUGGUCUAACAUUUUUUAUGUUUUUAUUUACUCACUUAAAAAACGAGUAUUAAUUGACAUUUUUUGAAUGGUGAUUCACUUAAAUAUUUCUUGGUUGUUGAUCAUUAUACAUCCAUUACGUCUAGUUUUAGGUGUGCCCAAGCCUCAAAAAGAAUCUGUGGUUGUUUAAACUAUCAAUCUAUGCAAGCAAAAGUUAGUAUUAACCAUAUCUCUACCCCAAAGAGGUUCCCAACUGCCCAGAAAUGUUGUUAUUAUCUACUCGCAUGUAAAAUGGGUUCCUGGGGUGGAGUUCUGAAUCCCAUACUCCAAUAAAUAUCUCUGUUAGAUAGCUGUGAAAUAUUCCCACAGUGGCCAUCAGAGGUAACCAAGUGGCCACCAUAAUAAAACAAACAUAAGUUAUCCUGAGGACCUCUACUCCAUGGUUGGAAUCUUUUUGCAGAUAUAUCUUUAUAUAGUGUGAUAUACUUUCAAUACAUUUAUAUUAAUAUAUAUUUGAUUUUUAAAAACCCUUAAACUGGGAUCUAAGUUAGGAAUCAAACCUGUAGGUUAAUAUGUGACUACUAUAAACAACUGGUGCUUUUGAUAUAUCCUACAGCGUUCACAAACUUAAAGAUAUAGGAUAAUGUAUAAUACUUAUUAUUUGCUGUUGCGGGACCCAAAGUCAUCUGAUUUUAGUGUUGGUUUAACUGUGUUCAUGUGUCCUCAAUGGGCUUUAGUGUGGCAGUGAUACAUCAAUGUUGAUCUACUAGGAUCAUGGAUUCAGACAGGGCUUUUAGGUAAAAAGAAUCUAAAUAAACGAACCUGAGUUUUGAAGGUUACAGAAGAAAAUCUCCAUAGCUGGGAUUUGGCACAAAUGCCAAACCAAGUCUUUACAGCUAAUAUCAAAACAUGAUAUGAAAUUUAGCAAGUUAGCCUCUUAAAGCAGUGGGCGACAAAUCUGUUCAAAAUGUAGGAGUCAGUAAGAAUAUUUCGGAGCCAGACAUACUUUUAGAAGCCAGACAGUGAUAUUUGUAUAUAGAUAUAUAGACAGUCACCCUAAAAGUUAGGAGCCAGGGGUAAAAUUCUAGGAGCCAGUGGCUCCCUGGCUCCUGGGUUUGUUGAGCUCUGUCUUAAAGGAUAAUGUUGUGGCUACCAACCUCAUCUUCAAAGUUCUCUAGAUGAACAAAGCCAGGUCUUUAGCAUAUGCCUUCAUCAAAUACCCAAACCUGACUAAACUUGGAAGUGAGAAGUUGCUUUCAGUUGACUGGUGAAUCUUAGAUUGGUUGGAUGUGAGACACAGUUCUUGGCUAUUGGCGAGAUUAUCUAGAUAAUGGUUCUAUUCAAUUGUGUAACAGCAUGUGGACAACACAUAAUUCUUUGCCUAAUGUUUGUGCGCUAGUUUGAGAGAUCACUUUUGGGUAUGUUUGAAUAGGUCCCCCUCUUAAAGGGGAAAUAUUGCCAUUUUUAUAUUUUAGAGGUAUUGUGGUUUGAAACUUUGGCACAAAUGUGCCAACAUUGGCACCAAAUCAGAGGUGACGUUUCAAUUCAGGACUAACAAAUUGAAUUGAAAGAGGAACUCUUUAAAUAAGUGGAUGCAAAAGCAGAUAUAUCUAUUCCUUCCAGUCAUCAUAAGUAUGUGCCAAGCCAUGCGCCUCUUGUCUUUUAUUGCUUUGCUUAGCCAGAAAUGUUUAUCAUACAAAAUAGUACAGAUACACAAACUUGUAAAUAUGUGCAUUCACAGGAAUAGCCAAAAAAAGUAAUACUUUUUUCAUAUUAAACAAAAUAUAUAUCAUCAAUAAAGUCAUAUUUCUUUUUUUUUUUACUAAAAAGCUUGUUAUCCACAUGUAAACUGUUAUUUUUUUUCUGAAAUUAUCUCAGAGUAGAUACAGCUAUGUAAACUGUCAUUUUUUCUCUCCGCUUUAAUAUGUUCCCAAUGAUCUAUUAUACCUGCAGAAGUAUAGUCAAUUGUUUACAAAUAGCUUUUUACCUUUGUUUUUGGCAUUUGAAAUAGCAGAUUUUGCUUGUUGUAUCCCCGCCUAUACUGCAAAUGUCUGUACUUAAGUAAUGAUUAUAGAAAGGCUAUGCAAACAAGACAUUUUAGAUGGAAUCAUGUUCCCAGUGUGUGUGGGUGACUGAGAGGUACUAAAAUGUACAUUUUUCCAUUGUUCUCUACAAGUAUUGGUCUUUGAAUUAACAGUGAUAAAUAAUAUCAGGACUUCGCCUAAAUAUUUAGAUAGAUAACAUAAGGAGGCCUGCUCUUCCUUCAAGCUCAUCACAUUUUAUUGGGUUGUGGUUUCAAUAAUCAGAAACAGCUUUUUUUUUAUAUAUACAAAAACAAACCUUAAUGAACAAUUCCUCAUAUAUUUUAAACUCUACAGCUGGUAUAACAAAUUACUGGAAACACAUUCAGUGGAAAUCAAUUUUACAGUAUACUGUCCCUUUAAUACAUUUGCAAAAACUAAAAAUGUCCUAUAACACAGACCUCCACUUAUUAAAUUGCAUAAUUUUGUGACAGUAGAACUAAAAUACUGAUUUAAUUAAUCUGAGUGUUUCUGUAGGCUGAUUUAUGAACACCAAUAUGAGGUGCAAUUAAUAUGAUACUGAUUAAAGCAUUUCAUUUUUACCAUUUUAGUUUAACCGAGUUUUCAGUUUAUAUUUAAUCUCAUUACUAAUGUGUUGCUGUGCUGUGGGUAUCUGAACCUUUUUACUGCAUAAAGCUAUGACGCAAUACUCAAUUCAAAUCAAAUUACUUUGUAUGCUGGAGGUGUCAUGCCACUUUUUAGCCCCUUAGGCAGCCUUAGUGAUAACAUGCAGAGACACAAAGCUAGAGUUAAAGGGAUAGGAAAGUCAAAAUUAAACUUGCAGGAUUCAGAUAGAGCAGGUCAUUUUAAGACACUUUUAAAUUCACUUCUAUAUUCAAAUGUGCUUUGCUCUUUUGGUGUCCCUUGUUGAAAAUGAAUACGCACAUAACAUACACUAGUGGGAGGUAGGUGCUGAUUGGAGCCUGCACACAUUUGUCUCUUGUGAUUGGCUAACUAGAUGUGUUCAGCUAUCUGCCAGUAGUACAAUGCUGUUGCUUCAGCAAAGGAUAACAAGAGAAUGAAGCAGAUUUGAUAAUAGAAGUAAAUUGGAAAGUUGUUUAAAAUUGUAUGCUCUAUCUGAAUCAUGAAAGAAAAUGUUGGGGUUUCCUGUCCCUUUAAUUAGAGUCACUAAUAUGUUGCCACUGUGCUAAAAGGUGACAUCAUUUUUUGUAAAGCAACACCAACUGCGAAGGUGCAUUAUGACAGACAGUAAAAGAGCAUUAUCUGGGGGUCAUCACACUCUCACACCAUUUAGGCAACAGACCCUAACUGCUUAAAGAGACAUGGAACCACAAAUAUUUUUGUAAUUAUUCCGAUAGAGCAUAUUGUUUUAAAACUGUUUCCAAGUUAUUUCUAUUAUGAUUAUUAUUAUUAUUAAAUUCACUUUGUUCUCUUGGUAUCCUUUGAUGAAAAUCUGGUAGGCAGGCUCAGGAGCGUCUACAAAGAUCAAAGCAAAUUUAAUAAACUAAAUAGAGGAUGUAAAUUACACCUUCUCAUACUCUCACCCCUGACAUUGUGGGGCCCACCAAAGCGGGGGGCCCUGGGUGGAUGCCUGAUUAUGAUAAAACAGUAACUGUGACCCAGUCCCUCAAUGCUAUAACCCUAACAUAGGGUGACCAUAUUGCCGCUUUAAAAAGGGACACAUAAAAAUACAUAUGUCAGGGUUCUUAUAAUGGGACAUUAUUCAAAACAUUUCUUUAAAUAUAUGUGUCCCUUUUUAAAGCGGCAAUAUGGUCACCCUACCCUAACAGCAAUUACCAAUCAAACGGUUCUGGACCUGCUAUGGGGGUAAAUUAGUGAAUGGGACAUUACUAUAGGGGGAAAACAAACUAAGGUCUCUUGGGUUUAUUAAAAGGGAGGAAUCCUUUUAUAGGGGCUGGCCAGGCAAGUUAAAAUCCUGGUUAAGGUUAAUUGGGACUCGGCUAGGGUUAAUAGGGGUCACAAUUAGGUUUUACUGUGAUGGAUUUAACUCAGAUAUCCUCAAAGUUGGCCCUCCAGAGGUUUUGGAACUACAUUUCCCAUGAUGAUCAGCCAGAGCAUCAUGGGAAAUGUAGUUCCAAAACCUCUAAAGGGCCAAGUUUGAGGUUGUCUGAGUUUAACUGAAUGUGGAUAACCACCUAUUUUUCUCAUCUACAAUGCCUUUUUUUAGAUGCUAUUUGUCACCACAUAUGUGAGUCUGGUUUGACUGUGGUCGAAAAGAAAAUUAUAGAAACAUAAUGGUGACUAUGUAACCACAUGAUUUUCCUGCACUGUUUAUUGGCCGUUGGGAUUCUCACAGACAUGAAUAGCUGUUGCUAUAUACAGACUUCUACAGUAUUGAAUAGCUUCAUUAUGAAUGUGCCCAAGACACACAUUGUAGCCUCAGGCUUGCAGUUUCCUUACACUGCAUUGCUAGACUGUGAUCUAGUCCAAUUCUUAAAGGAACAGUCAAGUCAAAAUUAAACUUUCAUGAUUCAGAUAGAGCAGCCAUUUAAAGCAACUUUUCUAAUCUACCCAGGCGCUGAACCAAAAACGGGGCGGCUCCUAAGCUUACAUUCAAAUAAAGAUACCAAGAGAACGAAGAAUAAUUUAAUAAUAUGAGUAAAUUAGAAAGUUGUUUAAAAUGGCUGCUCUAUCUGAAUCAUAAAUGUUUAAUUUUGUCUAGACUGUCUCUUUAAAGGGACAGUCAACACCAGAAUUGUUGUUGUUUAAAAAGAAAGAUAAUUCCUUUAUUACCCAUUCCCCAGUUUUGCAUAACUAACACAGUUAUAAUAAUACACGUUUUAUGUCUGUAAUUAUCUUGUAUCUAAGCUUCUGCUGACUGCCCCCUUAUUUCAGUUCUUUUGACAGACUUGCAGUUUAGCCAAUCAGUGCUCACUCCUAGGUCACUUUACGUGCAUGAGCUCAAUGUUAUCGAUAUGAAACAUGUGAACUAAUGCCCUCUAGUGGACAAAAUGUAUUCAGAUUAGAGGCAGUCUUCAAGGUCUAAGAAAUUAGCAUAUGGACCUCCUAGUUUUAACUUUCAACUAAGAAUACCAAGAGAACAAAGCAAAAUUGGUGAUAAAACUAAAUUGGGAAGUUGUUUAAAAUUGCAUGCCCUAUUUAAAACAUGAAAAGUUUUUUUUGGACUUGACUGUCCCUUUAACUUGCCGCUUUAAUGUUUCUUGUUUAUUUUUGGAGAUUUUUCACUAUAUUGCACAGAUGCUUGUGUCACCCUCAAAUACCUAUUUAUAUCUUAAGUGUGUAUCUGAUAUGUCUGGUGCAGCGCCUCCAAGCCCGCGGAUUGUGUAUUUACAUUCACCGCCUUGCCUUGCAAUAAAGAGCAAUGUUUUCCUAUG